UCCUCCAGCAUGCAGCACGCGCGGCGUCAGCAGGCCCUAAGUAACCAAUUCCCGCACUGCACGAGAAUGUUCAACAAUAGUCGACACAGCCGGCUGUGGCUCAACUCCAUAGCCAUGCUAAUUUGCCUGCUGUGCAGUGGCCUUGCCAGUACAAAUGCCGCUGCGCAUUUCUACCAAAUAGUGCCUGCGGUUAGCGUCGGCGGUCCGGCUUUGGUGCGGCUGACGCGCGAUCUCUCUUCUGCCAGGAUGAUGUUGGAGCAGCCGGCGGCAAAGGAAUUCGCUUCGACGGCGGAGCCUCAACCGGCCACACUCGACCAGCCACAAGGUCAGUGUUUGCUGGACGGUGUUCUCGUGAUGGAGACUAAGGCAACCUGCGAGAAGCAAGUGGGAUGUCGUGCCAUACAGAAGACAGGAUACUGUUGUCCUGAUUACAAGUGCGAUUGUCAGAAGGAUGGCAAAACUUAUUUGAAUGGCGAUAAGUUGGUAGACCCGGAGACACCCUGUACGGUGUGCUAUUGUCAAGGUGGUGAAAUACUCUGCAGUUCGGUUACCUGUUUCUAUCGCGACGACUGCAAGCCAAAAUAUGUACAAGGACGCUGUUGUCCGGAAUAUGACAAUUGUCCAGUUUCCAUUUUGGAUCCCAGUCAAAAUGUAAACAAAUCACAACAUUCGCCAACUCCAGCUGCAGAAAUGAACGCCGCGACAGCGCAGCCGUCUUCACCCGUGCCACCUGUGGUCGCGAACAAUCCGAAAAUCACCAUCAAAGAGAUCACCAAGCCGAUUGAGAUACGUAUUACCGAUGACAACAAAGCCAUACCGAUUCAUCAAAUGCUCAAGCCCCAAGCUACGACUACAACCAGCACAACGACAACAACAACAACAACCACAACUNAGCNANCGCCGGUAACAACAUCAACAGCAGCAGCAGCAGCAACAGUUGACAGUGGCAGCUCGACUUUGACGCCGCCGCCGCCGCCAACACCAUCAACAACAACAACAACAACGGCGGCAAGAACAAGCGCUUUAUCGCCAACUACACCAACAACAAGAGCUGAUUUGGAGCAAAUACACAGUGGUGAAAAUACAUCCAUCCCCACCACGGCAAGUUCAAGUGGAAACACAGGCAAUAAGAAAGCUACCAGCGUAGACAACAACCCGCCAACGGUACUUCCAGUCACUGGGGGCGUUAAUAACGGUGAGAGCUUAAAGCUCAGCGCUUCAGUCGCUUACCCAAGCACAGAGCGCAACACAGUGACAGUUAUUAUACCAGCACAAAGUGUGGCGAGUGCCAAAAAUAGUAGCAGCGAUAGUGGUGAAAUAUCCGCGGAGGUGGCGCCACUUGCAGAGGAGGGCAGCGCGAUACCCGCGUUUGGCGCGCAGCAACUGCAACACGACGCAUCGUCCAAUGAUCCAACGAAAGUGAAUAUCAAGCGCGAAAAUUUGGCCACAACGGAACGGGAAACGGCAGCGUCGACUGCUGGUGAAGAAUUCGGUUCACCCGAGCUGAUAGAUGGCAAUGGCAGUGGACAAAGCGGCGGUCUGCAACUACAAGGUACAUUCGAUUUGGAACCCGAAACAUCGGGCAGCGAUAACAUUUAUCACAUCAUUCUAACCACAUCUGGGCCAAGAGUGAAUGAAUAUACAGAUCCCUUUGCUGGAUUCAAGACAACUGAAGAUGCUCCACACGGCUCAGCCGUUGACAUACAAGCCGCAGCUUCCAAUCAACAACACACCGUUGUAGUGCCACCACCACAACUUUCAAACACAACCGACUCUCCUUUCGAUUCCGAUAGUACAACGCGACAAGCAACGGCUUCCCCAACCGCUCCCAGCUCGAGUCCUGCCUCCGCCUACCCAGCUUCAAGCACAGACGCGCCCGAGUUUUCUUCUACCUCUACAGAGCCGGUCAAACCGCUACACUCCACCGAAAGCGGCCAUCAUAUGGAAGAAGAAGAGGCGGCCAUACCAAUAGAAGCUAAUCCAGCGUAUCCUUCGCUGCCCGAAGAUGACUUUAGUUUGCGCGAUGUCACUUUUCCGCUAAAUGAAGCCGAUGAUGCUGUCGAGACAGAUGUUAAGGAUGAACAGCGUAGCAUUGGUGGCGCCGCCUUUGAGGUAGUAAAGGUGCGGAAGCCAGCGGAGGAAGGUAGCGGCAGUGGCUUUGAACUAAUUGAAGGCUCUUCGACUACGGAAUACGAGGGCUUAAGCAGCGACAGUACCAGCGAGGAAGACUUGUCUAGUGAAACCGCCAUCUCGAACAGCAGCGACUUUCAAUUAGAUCGCUUCUCGCGGCUCGCCAGCAACGGUACAAAAGAAUCGGCAGAAACAGAGGAGUUGGGUAGUGGAGAGUCGGCAGAAGCCGUCGAACAGAAGCUGGAGAAACGACGCGAGCCGACUACACCACGACCAAAACCACGCGCCGCCGCCGACGUGGACAUCGAUGAGCUGGGCGACGUUGCUUCCGGCGAUGGAAAUAGUGACCCGAAAGAAGACCCCAAGCUGGACGCGGAGAGCAUAAAGGCAGAUGAGGAUGUAGAGGAAGGCAUAGUUAAGCAGGAGACGGGCCAGAAGGAGGAUGUGCUGACGGUGAAUGCCAAGCCGACGGAGGAGCGGACGGUCGAGGAGAUGCCAGCGGCGACUUUGGAUAGAAUCCAGCGAUUGUUCCUGCAGCGCUUUAUUUGAAAUUAAUUACAUUUAAUAAAUAAAAAAAUAAACAACUCAGCUAGAGAAUAUUGAUAUGUAUGAAGAUGACGAGUAGAAACUGUAAAUAUGUUAAAGGUAAAUAGGCUGGAGGGAUUCGUACGAAAAGCAGGGAGUUAAAAUUGUAAGCAAAGCAAAGUAAAGUUCAAAGAUUUUUUUCAUUGCUGUUAGAGAGAAAACCUUUGGGAAUAGAACAUGAUAUUAGUCAUCUCGUUUUCAAUAAAAAUUGGUAUUCCACGGAACGUUGCAUACUUUUUGGAGAGCAUCAUUGAAAUUCCUACAUUUUUGGUGAAACAUAAAGCCAUAAAUCACUUUAAAUAGCGAUACGUAUAACUAAUUUUAAAAAUUUCAUUGUAAAAUGCUUUACGAGUAUGUAUGUAUAUUUUAAUUAAAAUUUAAGACUAGUUUUAAUAAAGCUAAAAUUAUUUGUAAGUAGAACGAUGCAGUUUUAGGUAAUGAAAUAUAUGUAUUGACAAAUACAACGAAAAUGUAACGAGAAAAGCUGGGCUCCUGAAAUGCAAUAACUCAAAUUACAUGUAUAGACAUGCAUACAUACUGAUAUUUAUCAUUCGAAAAAAAAAAA